CUGCCAGUUAUUCUCUAAACAUGUAGAAAUUACAGGGUUUUUUUGCUUAUCUUCAUUAUCAGUUGAUAUUACCAAUCUUUAAAAGUUACUGUUUUGAUCAUAAAAAAAAUUGCUUUUCAGGAGUUCCCCUUGUGGCUCAGCAGAAAUUCAUGGAGGACGCAAGUUUGAUUCCUGGCCUGGCUCAGAAAAUUUCAAAAAUGUUUCAAAUUCCUGUGGAGAAUCUCGACAACAUCAGGAAGGUACGAAAAAAGGUGAAAAGCAUUCUUGUGGAUAUUGGACUUGACAGCUGCAAGGAGUUGCUGAAGGACCUUAAAAGCUUUGAUCCAGGAGAGAAGUACUUUUAUAACACAUCAUGGGGAGAUAUUUCUCUCUGGGAACCUUCUGGAAAGAAAGUGAGAUACCGAACAAAACCAUACUGUUGUAGCCUUUGUAAAUACUCCACAAAAGUGAUUACAUCAUUCAAAAAUCAUUUACAUCGUUAUCAUGAAGAUGAAAUUGACCAAGAGCUGGUGAUCCCUUGUCCAAACUGUGUGUUUUCCUCUCAGCCCAAAGUUGUGGGAAGGCACUUCAGAAUGUUUCAUGCACCUGUUCGGAAAGUCCAGAACUACACAGUGAAUAUUCUGGGUGAAACCAAAUCAUCUAGGAGUGACAUUAUAAGUUUUACAUGUUUAAAAUGUAACUUUUCAAACACUCUGUACUACAGCAUGAAGAAGCAUGUGCUGGUAGCUCAUUUUCACUACUUAAUUAACUCCUACUUUGGCUUGAGAACUGAGGAAGUGGGUGAGCAAUCAAAAGCUGACGACACCCUUUCUGCAGAGAAGAUGCCCCCGUCUGACAGGUAUUACUGUAAAAAAUGCAAUGCCAAUGCCAGCAGCCAGGAUGCAUUAAUGUAUCAUAUUUUGACAUCAGAUGUACACAGGGAUUUGGAGAAUAAGCUUAGGUCUGUGAUUUCAGAACAUAUUAAGAAGACUGGACUCUUGAAGCAAAUGCAUAUUGCUCCAAAGCCAGCUGCUCAUGUGGCCGUACCACCGAACAGCAGCGCACCGGGGAUCCCAGCCGCAUCUCCCUGCUUCCAUCUUGCCUUGCCACAGAGCAGUCAGAGCCAGACAGUAGUGCAGCCAGUUCAGGGCCCAGCUCCGCCGGGGACAGUGGCCUCAGGCGCUUCUGGAAGCCUCACCCACUCUCCACCUGCUGUCGCACAGUCCCACGUGACUCUGGUCUCCAGUCCUCUGCCAGUGGGCCAGAGCAACCUCACUCUGCCACCCUCAACACCUCAGCCUGUCUUUCUUUCUCACGGAGUCCCUCUUAACCAGACAGCAAACCCUCCAGUGUUGCCUUUGAGUCAGCCAGUUGGACCUAUAAAUAAGUCUGUUGGAACCAGUGUCCUUCCCAUAAACCAGAGCAUCCGUCCAGGGGUUUUGCCCCUCAACCAGCCUGUUGGACCCAUAAGCAGACCAGUUGGGCCUGGAGUUCUUUCAGUAAAUAGGCCUGUUGGGGCUGGUAUCCUUCCUGUCAACCCCUCGGUCACCCCCGGGGUUCUUCAGGCAGUCUCGCCGGGAGUGAUUUCUGUGAGUCGGACAGUCCCGUCAGGCGUCCUUCCUGCAGGACAGAUGACCCCUGCUGGGGUUAUCCCUUCAGGGCAGACAGCAACUUCUGGGGUUCUCCCUGCUGGCCAGAUGGUUCAGUCAGGGGUUCUCCCCAUCGGCCAGACCGCCCCAUCAGGGGUGCUCCCCACUGGCCUGGCAGUCCCACCACGGGGCCUCCCUCCUGGCCAGACUGUUCCGCUGAGGGUCCUCCCUGCAGGCCAGAUGGUUCCACCUGGGCUCCUUCCUCCCAACCAGACGGUCUCAUCAGGUGUUCUCCCUGUGAACCAGGGUAUUAACUCUGGUGUUCUUCAGCUCAGUCAGCCGGUUGUGUCGGGAGUUCUUCCUGUAGGCCAGCCAGUGAGGCCUGGGGUCCUGCAGCUUAAUCAGUCUGUGAAUACUAACAUUCUGCCUGCAAAUCAGCCCGUUAGACCUGGUGCUUCGCAAAACACCACCUUCCUAACAUCAGGCUCUAUUCUCAGACAGCUGAUACCCACGGGGAAACAAGUGAAUGGGAUUCCCACAUACACGCUUGCCCCGGUGUCCGUCACUUUGCCUGUGCCACCUGGAGGCGUUGCAACUGUUGCCCCUCCCCAGAUGCCCAUACAGCUCCUGCCGUCAGCCACAGCUUCACAGAUGGCCAGUUCCAUGGCCAACAUGCCUUCCACGCCAGUGGUGGUCAAUGCUACUCAGAACAUGUUCGUUCAGGCCUCUUCGUCUGUGGCAGAUUCGAAUCAGGUGCUCAAGCAGGCGAAGCAAUGGAAAACCUGUCCAGUUUGCAAUGAGCUCUUCCCUUCCAAUGUCUACCAGGUUCACAUGGAAGUGGCACAUAAACACAGUGAGUCCAAAUCUGCUGAAAAACUGGAGCCAGAAAAGCUGGCAGCAUGUGCACCGUUUUUAAAGUGGAUGAGAGAGAAGACAGUUCGGUGUCUAUCUUGUAAGUGUUUCGUCUCAGAGGAGGAGCUUAUUCACCACUUACUGAUGCACGGCCUGGGGUGCUUGUUCUGCCCGGGCACUUUCCACGAUAUUAAAGGUCUUUCAGAGCAUAGUAGGACUAUGCACCUGGGGAAGAAGAAGCUGCCCGUGGAUUAUAGUAACAAAGGUUUUCAGCUGGAUAUCGAUGCCAACGGCAACCUGCUGUUUCCCCACCUUGACUUCAUCACCAUUUUGCCAAAGGAGGAGCUGGGGGAGCGGGAGGUCUACUUGGCUGUCCUGGCUGGGAUUCACUCCAAGUCGCUCGUGCCCGUGUAUAUCAAAGUGAGGCCCCAGACUGAGGGUGCAUCUGGGAGGCCUGGCAAACAGGUGAUGACCUGCCCCUUUUGCUUUGGCACCUUUGUGACGACUGAGGCAUAUGAGCUGCACCUGAAGGAGAGGCACCACAUCACACCCACAGUCCACACGAUUUUGAAAUCUCCAGCCUUCAAGUGCAUCCACUGCUGUGGGGUUUACACUGGCAACAUGACCCUGGCAGCCAUUGCCAUCCAUUUGCUGCGCUGCAGGAGUGCUCCCAAGGACAGCAGCUCAGACCUUAAGGUGCAGCCUAGUUUUAUUGAGAACAGUGAACUGCUUUUAGUCAAUGGCGAGGUGAUCCAUGACUCGGGAUUUUCUGUAAAGAGAAAGCUGCCUGAUGGCCACUUUGGGGCCGAAGACCAGAAGGAUGGGGAGGAGCGACCUCUCAUCAUAAAUGCCGACGAAGACCCAACACCAGAAAAGGUCACAAGUGUUGUGCCUUUUAAAAGACAGAGGAAUGAGAGCAGGACGGAGGGACCACUUGUUAAUGAUGACGCUCUUCAGAUUUUAGCAUUAAAUCCUAAAAAAUAUGAAGAUCGUUCUUACGAAGAAAAAAAGCAGUUUCUUAGAGAUUAUUUCCACAAGAGACCGUAUCCCAGUAAAAAGGAAAUAGAGCUGUUGUCGUCACUCUUAUGGGUAUGGAAGAUUGACGUGGCUUCAUUUUUUGGAAAAAGAAGAUAUAUUUGCAUGAAAGCAAUAAAAAAUCACAAGCCGUCUGUACUUUUAGGCUUUGAUAUGUCUGAACUUAAAAAUGUUAAACAUAGAUUGAACUUUGAAUAUGAACCACAAAACUUGUAAAAAAAAUUAGGAAAUUUAAAAUACUAGAUAAUUAGUUUUUUCAAUUGAGAUUUAAAAAAAUGUUAUUUUCUUCACUGUACGUUGAAAUAAUCAAUUCAGUGGUCUUUAUGCUGCUCUUUAGAUUUAUUUCAGGUGCUCAGAAAGACUUCUAUAUAAAGAAGUGAAUAGGUCUUUCAGAUUUAUUGUUUCCUGCAGUUUGAUUUUGUAACAAUUAUUUUUCAUUUUUUCUUCUGUCAUGUAAAUUAAAUCUUUUGAUAUUUCAUGCACGCCUUGUUUUCCAGUAGUGUCAGUAUCGUAUGAUUAAAAACAAAUCUAUGUAUGUUCUUCAUUUAAGGAAAUUUCAGCUUGUUUCACAACACUUGAUUAACUGCGAAUUUAGACAUUGAUCUCCCUCAGUUAGCAGCACACGUAGCAGCAAAUGGUAAUGUUUAGAGAAGAGUAAACACCCCUGUGACAUGUAUGGUUCCUUAAGGAUGCACUGCAUUAACUUAUGCUGAUUUCUUCUCUGCAGGGUAUUUGCUUAUUAGAUUAUAAUUUGGAUUUACAUUUUUUUCAGGUUUCCCCUACAGUUGUUUUUGAUUAUAACUCAGAAAACCAAAUGUUUUCAUUUGUUAAAAAUACACUGAACCUGGUCUGGUAUUUAAGCUCACAAGUCAAAAGUUAUUUUACAAAUAAAGUAGGUACAGAAGUACUUCUCAGUGUACACUUUUCUCUUCUUUUUGAUAGGGUGAUAAGUCUUUUCUCCAUUCAAAGAUAAGACAGUAAAUCUUUAGUGCCUUUAGAACAAACACUGAAAACACACACAAGCUCUCCUCCUAACCUCUUCAUAAUCCAGUGAAAGGGAAGGACUGUGUUACUCAGGAAUAAGAUACUGACCCCUGAGUGUGGCUACUAACUAAAAUUUAAACACAGGUGUUCAGGGGACAAGGCGAAAUGAGUAGACCAGAGCUAGUCUUCUGGUUGUUGUAUUCAAUCUCUGACAGUUUCCUAGAGGUAAACAUAUUCAUUGUGGGGACAUGAGCUUUCCCAUACCUCAGUUGUCCAGGAUAAUGGGACGGGGUGUUUAUAAGCAACUCAAGUGUAUUACUGUCCUCUAGACAGCUAAACUUUGGUUUGUCACACAAUAUAAAAUAAAGCACCAGAACCAGUAACAGAGACUGGCCUGUUUAGACCUUAUGUCAUGUUGCUGGUGACACACAGCAGAGGCACCUGUGCAACAUAUGUAGGAGAUACAACAGUCUCUGGGAAAUAACAGAAUGUUACCAUGUGGGUUUUUAAAAUAUAAUAUUUGCAUGUCAUUGCUGUAAUGUGCAUUUUUGAGGCAAUCGUGAAACUGGUGUGUGAUUGUUGGUGUGCUCUGUUGUAAAUUCAAAGAGCUUGUUUGAGUUUUUUUUUUUUUUACUUAUUGUUUUCAGAGUGUCUAUUUUGAAUUAAAACUUGUUACACCACU